AUGCCAAAGGGUAAUCGGAAUAAACCGAAGCACAAGAAACAGUCUAGCGCGAAAAAACUAGCGGAAAACUCCAAAAACCGGGUCUUGGCGAGCAAAUCCACCAACGUUAACGGAACAACCAAACUAAAGAUCUUGGCUAGUCCCACUACGCCAGUCUUUCAGCCAGAUGGGUCGAGCAUACAGCACAGUGAGCUCAAUGAGAACUGGCCCACCUCGUUUCUCGAAAAUGGCGAUUUUUGCGUCGAAACCAUACGUUCAGCGGCUAUGAGCGAAGUACAAAACACAAGACAAGGCUCGGACAUGGACGAAAGUUCACUAGAAGUAAGCGACGGAUUCCGCCACUACGACGUAUUGGACGAGCUCCUAUGUGAGCAAGUCGAUCCCAACUUCAACUUGGUGCCAACAGCUGCUGCUGCUGCCGCUACUACUUCUGCCACUAGAAGCGUGCACAAUAGUUUUGACUGGGAGGCUUCCGAUGAGGAAAAAAUACAGCCGUCGUGGUCAGAAGUCGUUUUGGACACCCAGUCCAAGCUUUAUUCUGCAUAUGCAAAGCUCUACACUGGGUUUUGGACACUUGUAGUCCACGCCAGCUUGCUAGGAAGUGCUUUGGCCAACAAACUACAACACUUGAUUACAGAACCUGCCAAUGAUCCUGAACUAAAGUCAAACAGAAAACUACGGGAUCUGACCAGAAAACAACAACUGAAGCUCAUCGCGGGCGUGACGUUCAAUUACGCUCGAGAUCAUCCUUAUAACGCCCUUUUCAUACUUACGUUUGCGGCGACAUUCUCUCCCGUGGCCAUCAUCUUCAUAUCAAUCAUGUCGAUGUUCUCGAUCCUGUUGUCUUUAUUCUACGUGAUUGUGUUUCUAUCGGUGACUGCACUCGUCACAAUCCUUAUUGUCCCGCUAAUGGUCUUGUCGCUGUCGUUCGCUGCUGGUGUCAUGGUUUGUGGGUUUUUCAGCAAUGCAUUCUUUAGGUUUGCUCAAGUGGUUUACCAGUCCUACGCAGUAUACAGUUCGAAGCCUUUGAGACUCGCCGCUGACCAGAUCCCGCCGUCCGUCGGAACAGUCGAAAAGGGCCGAUCAAGAAGACAAGACAUGUUUUCGAAAAUUUCGAAAUUAUCUCGAAAAGAAGGCUCAGACACAAGCCAGCCCAUUGAAAUUCGUGGAGCCGAAGUUCCGAAAGAAGUGUUAUCUUAG